AUGGCCUGGUCCGAAUCGGAUGAGAGAUCCAAUAAAGUUCCACAGGAAUUGGAAAAUCCGAAAAUGGAAGCAACGGUACAAGAAACUUCGAUUACAACAUCAGGCCAUUCGGGAUGUGGCAAACCUCCGGCCCUGAUAAAUAACCAGGGCCAAUUGAAUCCGAAAAUGGAAAAUUUAUCGGAUGGAGAACUAUCGGAUUUUUCCCUAAAUGAUACUGAAGAGGAUGAGGAGGAAUUUCGUAAUUGUGUACUGCUCAAUGGGGCGGCAAGUGAAGGUUCCUCUUCCAUUGUGAGGACUCCCAAUAUCUCACCCAGGACUUGUAUACCCUUAUCUAGUGGUGGUUCGCCACCUCCCCUAUCCUCAACGAACAACCUGAUGCCAACUACCCCAGAGGUCUUUGACAAAAACGGAUUUCCUUUGGUUCGCAAAGUCUUCACCAAUACCCGAGAACGUUGGCGGCAACAAAAUGUGUCCAGUGCCUUUGCUGAGCUAAGGAAGCUGGUACCCACACAUCCGCCCGACAAGAAGCUAUCGAAAAAUGAGAUUCUGCGAUCGGCCAUUAAAUAUAUCAAACUCUUAACACGGGUCCUCGAAUGGCAAAAGGAGCAGGAUGACAAAUGUCAGCAGGAAGAAAAUGAACCGAAUAAUAAUAAUCGUCCCGCUGCAGGGAUGCCGCUACUAAAUGACCAGCUACAUAUCAAUGGCGGGAUGAAGAGGUCCCUUAAUAACUAUCUAAAUGGUGUGGCAGGUCAUCCUCCUCCUCCGCCGGUUGGCAAUAAUAAUCUAUUGAUGAUAGCCCCAAUGCCUUCGUUGGUAUCGCAUUUUAUUAAAACCGAAUUAUCGGAUGUUCCUGAUGCUUCGAAUGGACGCAGUCAGCCGUUGCCUCUCGUCAAUGGCCGCAGUUCGAAUAAAAUUGUAAAAAAUGCCAAGAGAAAAUCUCAGGAGGAGCUGCUAGGCAAGGAGGAGAAGAAACGUAAAAAGGAGGUGGGAAAUGGCGAUGGUGGUUCCGCAGGUGUUUCUUCUUCUUCGUGUAGUAAUCGGAUUUAA